AAAAUUUAUUUUUUGUUCUCAAACCCCACAACAGGCUUUAGAGACGACAGGUUUGCAAGGACAAGCUUUUAUGGACCAUGGUUCUUCUUAGACCAGUAAAAGAUACUCCCUCUAUAGCAGUUUAUGUGUCAUAGAAAUGUUAUGAUAUGUACCAUAUUGUAUAGGUUUUAGACAAAUAUUAGAAUAUAUUUACGACUAUAAGUUUUAAUCUUUUUUUCUUGAAACUUGGGUACCUAUUAGAUUAAAAAGGAGGGAGUUAAAAAAAAGCUGUCGACCUAUAGUAGAAAGACUGGACCCUCUUGUUGGCGGCUCCUGUUUAGAUAGAUAGACAAGUGUUAUAUAUAUGUGUAUGUGUACACACAUAUUAUGCUUUGACAAGAAAGCUUUGAUCUUUAUUGCUCCUCACUCUUCCUCUUUAGUCUUUAGUUUUUGCUCCAGAAGAAGAAUUAGAAACAGAGGUAGAAUAAUCCAACAAGUUAGCAACUUUCUUUCGUUUUCUAAUAGUAUAACAUCUUUAAAUAUAUUCUCUAAUCAGAAGCCCAAGAAUGGUCUAAAAGGUGUUUGCAUGGCAAGUGAAGGAAUUGGAGAGACUGGUUUAACAAACUCAGGACCAUCAAAUCUCCAUAAUAUGCCUUAUGCCGUUUUUAGGGGGCUAAAUCCUGCUAGCACAAGCUUCAUGUAUCAUUCUACUCCCAAUAAUCAAGAAGGAUCUUUUGAUUUUGGAGAGCUAGAAGAAGCUUUUGCACUACAAGGAUUUAAGAUCAAUAAUGAUGAAGCUAAAGCAUCUUUAUAUGCAGCAGCCACAGGGAAGCCUGCUGCAACUCUGGAUAUGUUCCCUUCUUGGCCUAUGAGAUUCCAAGAGACCCCUAGAGAAAACUCAAAAUCAAGAGAAGAAGAGAUCAGUACAGAUUCAGGUUCACUUUCAAGUAGAGCUCAAGGCCAUUUGGAACCAGAAUCUCCUAUCAGUAGAAAAGCAUCCUCAGAACAAAAUCAACUUCAGAUAACACAACAACAACAGCAGCAGCAGCUUCAUCAAGAAAUGUCUAGUGAUAAUAAUCCAAGAAUUGAAAAUUUACAAACUGAACUAGCUUCAAAGCCCAACACUGAAAAGAGAAAGGGUGCUGGUUCAACCUCAGAGAGGAUGGCUGAUCCUAAGACAUUGAGACGUUUAGCACAAAAUAGAGAAGCAGCAAAGAAAAGCAGGCUAAGAAAAAAGGCUUAUGUACAACAGUUAGAAUCAAGCAGGAUAAGACUUUCUCAGCUAGAGCAAGAACUUCAACGGGCUAGAUCUCAGGGGGUUUUCUUGGGAGGAGGUACUUCUGCUGGUGCCAACAUCAGCUCUGGUGCUGCAUUAUUUGACAUGGAAUAUUCAAGGUGGUUGGAUGAUGAUCACAGGCACAUGUCGGAGCUCCGAACUGCAUUACAAACACAUUUAUCAGAUGGUGAUCUUAGGUUAAUAGUUGAUGGAUAUAUAGCUCAUUACGAUGAAAUUUUCAGCCUCAAGGGUGUGGCAGCAAAAUGUGAUGUAUUUCACUUAAUUACUGGAAUGUGGACAACUCCAGCUGAACGCUGCUUCCUUUGGAUGGGUGGUUUUAGGCCAUCUGAACUUAUUAAGAUGUUGAUUGGACAAUUGGACCCUUUAACAGAGCAGCAACUUAUGGGAAUUUAUAGCCUCCAGCAAUCUUCCCAACAAGCAGAGGAAGCCCUUUCCCAGGGAUUGGAACAAUUGCAACAAUCUUUAAUUAAUACUGUUGCAAGUGGUUCUAUCAAUGAUGGGAUGCAUCAUAUGGCUCUUGCAUUGGGCAAGCUUUCCAAUCUUGAAGGAUUUGUUCGUCAGGCCGAUAAUUUGAGACAACAAACGUUGCAUCAGUUACACAGAAUAUUGACAGUUAGGCAAGCAGCCCGAUGUUUCUUGGUGAUUGGGGAGUAUUAUGGUCGAUUACGAGCCUUAAGUUCUCUAUGGUUAUCUCGUCCACGAGAGACACUGAUCCCAGAUGAUAGUUCUUGUCAAACAACAACGGAGUUACAAAUGGUACGCUCCUCUCAGAACCACUUCUCAAAUUUCUGAUCAUAUUACUCUUGAUGAUGAUCAAAUUGUAUUUCUGAUCAGAGCUACGUACUUAGACGAUGAUUAGGAUUUUCUUUUCUUUUCAUUUAUUCUUUUUGUUGUUAGCUUCUUGAUAUUUCCAUGUUAUUACUGACUUGUCGUGUAAAUGUAAAGAAUCAAGUUUAUGUGCAUGAGAAAGCUGCCUCUAGGGUGCGUGCGAUAAUAUGAAAUUAA